UGGGGGGCAGUGGCCCCCUCUGCCCGGCCUGCUGCUCCGUCAUUCCGUUGCGCCGGAAAAGGCCGAGCAGCGGAAAAAGGAGGCGUUGCCCUCCAACAACACAUCAGCUGCAAAUUUAUGCAAAACAGUAAAACCGCUGCUGUUGCUGUCCUGCAAAGAAACAGAAAACUGCAACAACGAAUCACGCAGAUAAAAAGCUCCGGAGACAGUUUGGUUCUUCGCAGUCGUUUUCCAGCCGGUAGCCGGUGCAGGAGGAGGCUGGACACCCGGACCGGUGACGGAACCAUGGAGACGGAUGGAGAGCAGAACCAGCAGGGCGCCUCGACCAAUGGGAGCGCUGUGUCCGGGACCGGCUCUCGCCCCUCUCCGAUGAAUUCCAUGUCUCUGUAUGAAAGGCAGGCGGUGCAGGCCCUGCAGGCCCUACAGAGGCAGCCUAAUGCAGCUCAGUACUUCCAACAGCUGAUGCUGCAGCAGCAGAUCAACAAUGCCCAGUUGCAGAACCUGGCCGCCGUGCAGCAGGCUACUCUAGCUGCCACUCGUCAGUCAAGUCCGUCCAGCAGCAGCUCGUCUCAGACCACCAGCACCACAGCUGCCAGUGCAACAUCUGGAGCAGGGUCCACAACCAGCAGUCGUCCUAUGGGCGCCUCGGCAACAUCCACAAUCAGCCAGUCGGUGCUACUGAGUGGGACGGCGGGGGGGCAGGGGCAGAUGUACUUGAGGGUCAACCGCUCCCUCAGAGCCCCCAUCUCCUCACAACUGAUCUUCAUGCCCGGCAGCACGGCAACUGCUGCCGUGGCAACUGUCACCCAGCAGCCACAGGCUCAGCAGCAGCAACAAGAGGUGACAGCAACUUCCUCCACCAGCAGCCAAUCAGAUACUGACCAGGUGCAGAAUUUAGCCAUGCGAGGUGUGACCAGUCCCAAAGGUGUGGGUGUUAAGACCGAGACCCCAGAGAGGAGUGACUCAGCUGCCUACUCCCUGGUCCAGCCCCCCCACCAGUCAACGCCUCAGUCCCCCACUAAGCCCAGCCAGCCUCAUCCCCAGCUCCCCCACAUCAAAAUCCCCACCUACCCUCAGCCCACCAACCUCAAAGCCCACCCCUCGUCCUCCUCUGGUGCUUCCUCCUCUUCCUCAUCCUCCACCUCCUCCAUCCCUCUCUCCCAGCUCUUGCUUCAUGGAACUCGGACCCUCGCCACAGGAACAACAGCUCCCACGGCAGCGCACACCCUGGUCCUAACGUCCAAUGCAGCAUCUCAGCCCCAUGGGUACCCGGUUGGCACGGCGACCAUCAAACCAGCAGUCAAUGCUCAGACACUGGUGGUGCAGCCUCUGCAGAAGACCUCUCUCGGUGCAGAAAAAUCAGGCCAUGGCAACGGACCCAUCCCCAUCCAACCGAAAACCCUGCAGGGCCUCCGCCUGCCCCUCCAGCUGCCUUCUAGAAAUCCUCCUCCCAUCCUACCUGCUCCCCCACCCUCGAACAGCAGCUGCAGCCAGGAUGGAGCCACCGUGCUCAGCAGCUCAUCGAGCCUGCUCACCAUGGUGGCGUCCAUCGCUUCCAGGGAGGGUGGGGUUGUGGGCCGAGGGGUGGGGCUGAAGACGCUCCAGUCACCCCAAGAAGCUCCACCAUUGGCUCAAGUUUCUCAGGUGCAUCCGCAGACCAAUCAAAGCUCUGGACAGAGUCAGAACGGACCCUUGGCUUCAAGCCCCGCCUCCUCUCAAUCUCCGACCAUUUCCUCUCCUCCAUCUUCACUGUCUCGCUCCAGCCUCUCCCUCCCAAAAGAGAAGAGAGAGGCGCCAGCGGGUGGGCCCGCCAAUGGCGACUCACUGGGAAGUCAGACGCCACAGGGUAAGCAGCUGACCGGUUCUCUAAAGAGGAAGUCAGAUGCUAAUUCAGCCAAUGAUGAAGAUGGCCCCUCCCUCCCACGGAUCCAGCCUGUCAGAGAGCCCACCUCUGCACUCCCUGCCAGUCCCAUCGAAGCAGGCUGUGGCGCUCCUCCUCCUGCCUCCCCCUGUCCUUCCCCAGCGCUGUCGGUCUCCCGUGGGGGCUGCGUUCAGGGAGAGAAAGCUCCCCCCCCUCAAGCCGUGGUCAAACCUCACGUCCUUACACACCUCAUAGAGGGUUUUGUCAUCCAGGAAGGGGCGGAGCCUUUCCCUGUUUGUGGUCCACUAAAGGACUCGGCUGGUGAGGACUUAACUAACGACAGUCCAGACACCAACCAGUCAGAGAUUGUUACAACAGCAACAGUGCUGAAGUGUGAGUACUGUAAAAACUUUGCUCCUGCCAGCCAGUUCAGAGGCACCAAGCGAUUCUGCUCCAUGUCUUGUGCCAAGAGUAUGUAUUGGUUCCCCAGGUACAACGUCAGCUUCAGGCAGCCCUUCUGCAUGCGGCAGAGUCAAAGUCAGAAUCAGACUCCAGAUCAGGAUCGAGGCCAGGGUCACCUCUCCAACUCAGACGAGGAGGGAGGCGUCGCCAGGCGGAGGGUUCCCCGCAGGACCAGCUCAGAAAUAGCCAGUGCCAAGAUAGCAGGGAGACCCGUACCUGCCAAGUGCCAUUCAGAGUCCAGCCGUUCAGAUGAGGAGUCCAGUGGAGAGGAGGAUGAAGAUGAGCCCAUGUCCCUCUCGCCCGCCUCCUCAGCCUCUUGCCACCAGCCGCCUCCUCCGCUCCCAAUGGAGACUUCUGCUCCCAGCUGCCUCCCUGCUAGCCCCGCCCAGUGGAGUGUGGAGGAAGUGUCACAGUUUAUUUCCUCACUACAAGGCUGUGAGGAGCUCGCCUCCCAGUUCCUGUCGCAGGAGAUUGACGGCCAGGCCCUGCUGCUGCUGAAGGAGGAACAUCUCAUGUCCACCAUGAACAUCAAGCUGGGUCCCGCCCUGAAGAUCUGCGCCCACAUUAACAACCUGAAAGACUGAUGUCAUUCUUUCAUGUUCAAAGUUAAGCCCUGGGCAUUUACCCCCAGCUCCUGUUCUGCAGCCAGUUCAGAUAUGGAACUGGUUCCAGAGGAGGCAGAGUCCUGCAGGUGAGUGUAUAAUGUGCAGGUCCUUCUCAAAACAAAGCCGAGGCUCUUAGGCCCAAGCCGGGGCUGCGGCACUUAAAUCUGUUGUUGGUAUGUCCACUCGUGCACAUGUCUGCCACACUUGCACAGGAAUCUUGUUCCUUUUUUACAAACAUGUCUGUGAGCUGCAAAAACACUACAGAUUACCAGCUACGUUUUAGUGAAGACGUCUGUCCCCAACAGGCCGCUUCUCUGUCACAGCAUCAGCACUCGAGGUCAGAAAUAGUUUUUGCAAACUGAUUUAAUUUUGCGUUUAAUAUGCACAAUUUCACUGUAAUGUCUUUCUUGAAAAAAGCAUGUUUGGAGGGUUUGAAUGUAUUUUCAAUGCAGGAAUCUCUUAUGUUGUGUAGUGAACUUGUGUACAACCAGGGCUGCUUAUUCAGACUGUGAUCCAGGUUGUGUUAAUCUUGUGUCAUAUUCAGAGUUGAGUUCAAUCGAACAGUGAACGAAAAGCAUACGGCAGAACACACAACAGUUUGAGCUAUUGUAUCCUGUAGCACAGGAAAGUCUGUAAAAAGGUUAAUCCUGACUUUGGCUUCAAGGUAAAUCCACAUUUUUUUCCACUGAGAAUCUAUGUUGGUUCUCAUCUAGAUUAGCACAGGUGACGUUUUCUUAUUGUGUUUUGAUUUCUGGUCUUCACCAACAGAACCUAGUAAAGAAAAACAAGUGGGAUGUAAUUUAGUCAGUCAAAAUCUUAAAGAUUACUGCUUUUGUUUUGAAGAAACGUUUUGUAUGGACAGGGCUCAGAUGAUUUAGAGCUUUAAUGUUAUGUAUCUAAUAAAAACUAGUGCUUUCAGCAUCAUCAUUUUGUGAGAACAGACAUCACUGUUUGUAAAUGGUGGUCCAUUCUAUAACUUACAGGGUACGGUGAGAGUACAGGGUACUGGCUGCAGAAAUGCCAGACCAGAGUCCAAAUUCAGUCCCAAUCCCUCAAAAGGGCGUUUUAUAUUUCACAGGCAAAAAAACCACUAAUGGUACACAGAGCACAUCAUCAGUAGAAAAAUACUACUGCUGAUCCAAAAUACUUUCCCCCAGUAUCUUGGGGCUUUUUUUAUUUUACAGCAGACUCUUAAAAAGGACUAUAAUCUGCAAAAUCUGACUAUUGUUCUGUCAGGCAUUUACAACACUGUCACUGUUUUCCAACGGUACAACCAGCUGCUCCCCAUCUGUACGACCAUACUUAGUGUGUACGAGUGAAGGGUGACGUCAUGGGCUCGAUUCUGUGAAGUGACAGGAAGUGCUGGAACAGAUGGCAAAUGUGAAGGUGAGCUGGUAAUUUGAAGUGUCAUGAGUAAAACCAGGGGAUCCAUCCAGAGGAAUCGGCUCGUAGCCACACAUGGGCCUACGUUUAUGACUUGAAUGAAUGAGCGUGUGAGUGAGAAAACCUUAAACUAUACUGUAAUAAGUGUAAAAAUGCCUUUAUAUUUAAAUAGACAUUUGUUUGCUGGACUGCCUUGUUUAAGCUUUUUACUGUAGGAGUUUUCUCAUGUUCUCUCUCUGUGAACCUUGUGGCCUUUUUCACUAGUGUCUACAAUAGGUUUAGAUGAGGAUUGUCUGUUUUUAACGGCUUUUCAUAUCAUUCCUUGUUUUAUAUUAGUACUUACUUUUUUACUAUUGUUAUUUCAAGCAAUGACAUUUGUUGCCUUUCCCAACAAGCGUGACUGAAUAGUAGCUACCUUGAUCAAGGAAACCUCCAGUCUUCCUCAUAGCUUUGUCACAUAGCGUGUAACUACCAACAGUAUUUACCUGUCUAGCUAGCUCUGUUUGGCUUUAUUGUUAGUGACUGUGGCUAUUACAGUAUUUUCUUUCACAAAGGAUGAUAAUCUUUGAUAGCUGUGUGUUUAAUGUCAUAGUCGCCCCAGGAUUUUGGAGUCUUUCAGGCCGCAGGUCCUGCAGCAUAUUAUGAAGACAAAAAAAAAUAAAAAGCACUUGUACUGCAUUGCAAGUGAUGUGAAGUAACUGCAGCUCUGCUGAAGUUAGCAGUGUAACAUUUGUGAAUUUAAAUGUCGUACUCCCAAAAAGUAGCACUUUCUGACCAAAAUAACGGUGGAUUCUGCACAAGAUCUUUUUAUAUGAAGAAUUUACUUCAGAAUUUGUUUGCUUGCAAUAAUACAAAACUGCAAAAUCUUGGAGGGGCUGGGUUUGACAAGGAGAGGUGACCAAUACUGUCAUGCAAAUAAAUAAUCAAGGAACUGUUUUAAAACUGUGAU